CUAAAAUGUGUUCAGUGUAAUUAUUGUAUACCACACUUGUUCGCCCAGACGACUGAAAGGUACCCAAUAAAUUAAGAGUUCUAUGGUGAAGCGAAUCAGAGAUCUAAAGAGCUCGAAUGGUUCCUAAGAUCACAUCAAUGGCGGUGGCUAGACCUCUCUGCUCAAUCUCUUGCUUAUUCCUCUCCUUCUCCCUCGUCUCGCUUCUCUUCUUCUACUUCUUCUUCUCAAACUCCUUACUAUUCACCCCAGACCUAAGAAUCUCACAGUCACAGGAUACCUUCCAAACCGGGAUCAAUGUCUUCGUAGCCGAGCUUCCGAGAUCCCUAAAUUACGGUCUCCUCGACAAGUACUGGUCCUCCUCUUCUCCAGAUUCACGCAUACCCAGCGACCCGGAUCACCCGACCCGGAAACCCAAUCAACCCAAACCCGGUAAAUACCCGCCGUACCCUGAGAACCCUCUGAUCAAGCAGUACAGCGCUGAGUACUGGAUCAUGGGAGACCUCGAGACCCCACCGGAGAAACGAAUCGGAUCUUUCGCGAAACGGGUCUUCAGCGAAUCCGAAGCUGAUGUGGUCUUCGUGCCCUUCUUCGCCACGCUAAGCGCGGAGAUGGAGCUUGGUAAUGGCAAAGGUUCCUCCUUUAGGAAGAGAUCUGGAAACGAAGAUUAUCAGAGGCAGAGACAAGUUCUCGACUUUUUGAACAACACCCAAGCUUGGAAGCGAUCCGGUGGGCGUGAUCACGUUUUUGUUCUUACCGACCCUGUUGCAAUGUGGCAUGUUCGUGAGGAGAUUGCUCUCUCUAUCCUACUUGUGGUGGAUUUCGGAGGAUGGUUCAGGCAAGAUUCCAAGUCUUUCAACCGUACUACUAGUAGCGGCUUCCCUGAGAGGAUUGAGCAUACCCAAGUCUCUGUCAUUAAGGAUGUCAUUGUUCCAUACACCCAUCUUCUUCCUCGCCUUGAUUUGUCUCGCAACCAGAGACAACGUCACACUCUUCUUUAUUUCAAAGGCGCUAAGCACCGACAUCGGGGAGGGUUGAUUAGAGAAAAGCUAUGGGACUUGCUGGUGGAUGAACACGACAUUGUCAUGGAAGAAGGUUUCCCUAACGCAACGGGAAGAGAACAGUCGAUAAGAGGGAUGAGAAACUCAGAGUUCUGCCUGCAUCCAGCAGGUGACACUCCCACUUCAUGCCGUCUCUUUGACGCCAUACAAAGCCUAUGCAUCCCUGUGAUUGUCAGCGACAACAUUGAGCUCCCCUUUGAAGGAAUCCUAGAUUAUGCAGAAUUCUCGGUCUUUGUCUCUGUAAGUGAUGCGUUAACACCUAAAUGGUUGGCUAAUCAUCUCAGAAGCUUCUCCCAAAGAGACAAGGAAACAUUUAGAAGUAGAAUGGCAAAGGUGCAGUCGGUUUUUGCCUAUGAUAAUGGCCAAGCGGAUGGGAUUGGACCGAUUCAACCUGAUGGUGCGGUGAAUCACAUAUGGAAGAAGGUUCAGCAGAAGGUGCCAAUGGUUAAGGAAGCAGUGAUUAGGGAGAGGAGAAAACCAGUUGGUACUUCUGUCCCUCUUCGCUGUCAAUGUAUCUGAAUUGUCCAACCAAACCCAAUUUUUUUGUUUUCUUUUUUGGUUUUUUUUGGUUCACGAACAUUGUUUUGUCCUAUUCAGUGUAAAAUACAAUACCAUAAUGAUUUGACAAACAAAUGUAACAGUUAUAAUUUCUUUGAGGU